AUGUGGGAGAAAUUGGAGGUCACCUACGAAGGAACCGCGCAGGUUCGGGAGGCCAAAAUCGACCAUCUUACUCACGAGUACGAACUCUUCUCAAUGAAGGAAAACGAGAAGAUUGAGGAAAUGUUUGAGAGGUUCUCUAACAUCAUUAAUCCUCUCAAUCUUCUCGGGAAGACCUACACCGACCGAGGGCUCGUGAGAAAGGUGCUGCGAAGCCUAUCCCCCAAAUGGCGUUCAAAGGUGGACGCAAUCGAAGAAGGUCGUGACUUCCAAACAACGACCUAUGAUGCUCUUCGAGGUAAUCUCAUUACCUACGAAACCACCCAACUCUCAAAGGUGGUUGAAGAGAGGAACAAGAGGUCUAUUGCUCUACCCGCAACAACAUCAACCCACAACAACGUUGAUGAUGAAGAUGAUGACAGCAACGACACCGACCUCGGACUCUUUGUCCGAAAAUUCAAAAAGAUGAUGCUCAAGAAGGGAGCCAAGAAGAACACUCCACCCAAAUGCUAUGGGUGUGGUGAAAUUGGACACAUCAAACCAAUGUGUCCGAAGCUCAAGAACGAGAAGGACAAGAGGGCACCGAAGAAGCAACGUGCCUACAUCUCUUGGGAGAACGACGGCUCCGGGAGUGAAGACUCAAAAACGGAGGAAGUGGCCAACUUAUGUCUCAUGGCCAUUGAAGAUGGUGAUACAUCAAAAGAG